CUAACGCCUUCUCGUUUCCCCCUGUACUGUUACUGUACGGUUACUUAGUGUAACGAAGAGGUGUAGCCAGCAGCGAAUAGCAGCUACAAACUGUUUGCUACGGUCCAGACAUUUAUAUCAGAUUUCGGGAAGAAAGAAGCGAGGGUGGAGAGAUGGCGAAAACCUAUGAUUACCUUUUUAAAUUGCUUCUCAUCGGGGACAGCGGUGUCGGCAAGACAUGUCUCCUCUUCAGAUUCAGCGAAGAUGCGUUCAACACUACCUUCAUAUCAACAAUAGGUAUUGACUUCAAAAUCAGGACGAUAGAGUUGGAUGGGAAGAAGAUCAAGCUCCAGAUAUGGGACACAGCCGGUCAGGAGAGGUUCAGGACCAUCACAACAGCCUACUACAGAGGAGCUAUGGGCAUCAUGCUAGUGUAUGACAUCACUAACGAGAAGUCCUUCGAGAACAUCAAGAACUGGAUCAGGAACAUUGAAGAGCAUGCCUCCUCUGACGUGGAGAGGAUGAUCCUAGGAAACAAGUGUGACAUGAACGACAAAAGACAGGUGUCUAAAGAACGAGGAGAAAAGUUGGCGAUUGAUUACGGCAUCAAGUUCCUAGAAACGAGCGCCAAGUCCAGCCUGAACGUGGAAGAGUCCUUUUUCACACUGGGAAGAGACAUAAUGACGAGACUCAACAGAAAAAUAAACGACAGCAGUCCUCCAGGAGGAGGUGGGCCGGUCAAGAUCACAGAGACCCGGUCAAAGAAGAGCAACUUCUUCAGAUGUUCACUGUUCUAGUGGAUCAGUCCUCUCCUUUCCAUGGACUGAUACAGCCUUUACCUGCCCUGCUGCUUCCCCCUAGAGCUGAGCAGAAUACACCCCCAACCCCUCACCAGGCCUGGGUACCAGGCUACCUACCUAGCACUCCUCCAACCCCUCACCAGGCCUGGGUACCAGGCUACCUACCUAGCACUCCUCCAACCCCUCACCAGGCCUGGGUACCAGGCUACCUACCUAGCACUCCUCCAACCCCUCACCAGGCCUGGGUACCAGGCUACCUACCUAGCACUCCUCCAACCCCUCACCAUGCCUGGGUACCAGGCUACCUACCUAGCACUCCUCCAACCCCUCACCAGGCCUGGGUACCAGGCUACCUACCUAGCACUCCUCCAACCCCUCACCAGGCCUGGUACCAGGCUACCUGCCUAGCACUCCUCCAACCCCUCACCAGGCUACCU